AUGCCGCAUUCCCUGCAUCCCAGCCCUCGAGCCGGUACUCCUGACAACGAUGAGCUCUCUACUCGGUAUUGGAACAUCGGUUUGGCGCCGGAGCUGUGGACGAAGGAAUGCCCCGAGUACCUCCUCGGCAUUGGCGACAAGAACAUUGGGAUCUUGUCAUUGAGGGAGGAAGAUUGUCACAAGAUGUCGUGGCCGGAAGUACAAGAACUAGUCGACACGAACCGAAUCGAUCGGUUCCAGCGGUCCCCAAGUCAACUGCGCGCAUAUUUUGAACACAUCUACCAGGUCAAGAAGCAGUAUGGUGCUGUAUCGGCAUAUAUCCAGCACGAGCUCCUACACUGGGACAAGACCACUCCCUCCAGCGACCCGCCGUUCGAGAAUCCAGCAGAUUACAAAAUCACCUACAACAAUUGGCCAUAUUACAUCGAGGAAGACAUCAAACAUCUCGUGGUAUGGACCAAGUUUCUGAUAGACGAGGACGAGACCACGGGCCGAGUGACACAUGACGCCACAGCUAGGAUUACGGCGCUCAUCGCCAGGACAUUCUGUGCGGAGGAGCAAGGGACGGGGCACAAGGUGAAUAGAGACCAGAUCGUGUGGUUUAAGAACUGGAAGAGCUUGAAAAGCGUCCAUGCACUAGGACAUCGAUCUUCAUCUGCGUCCGAGGAGAGUCGAGAUCAGGUCGAAGGUGAAGACACCACCGUUGUCGAGCCAGAACAGGGAAAUGUUCUAUCACACAUCAUUUCUCAGCUACGCCCGGGCGCAGACCUGUCCCGGGUCACGCUGCCGACUUUUAUUCUGGAGCCAAGGUCGAUGUUGGAAAGAAUAACAAACUUCAUGGCUCAUCCCGACACGCUCCUUCCCAUGCCCGAGGUCGAAGAUCCUGUAGAACGAUUCGUUGCUGUGGUGCGCUUUUAUUUGAGUGGAUGGCACAUUAGACCUCCUGGCGUGAAGAAGCCAUUGAACCCCAUACUCGGCGAGACGUUCACCUGCUACUGGGAUUAUCCGGACGGGACGCGAGGUUAUUACAUCUCAGAACAAACCUCACACCAUCCUCCCAAGUCGUCGUACUUUUUCAUGGCCCCUCAUCACCAUAUCCGAGUGGAUGGCACGUUGAAGCCCCGAAGCAAGUUCCUUGGUAACUCCGCGGCCAGCAUGAUGGAGGGCAUAUCGUAUCUGAGGUUAACAAAUCGAGGAAAGUCGAGAGGCGGUGAAAAAUAUAUUUUGACACAGCCCAACAUGUACGCUCGAGGAAUCCUCUUUGGCAAGAUGAAAUACGAAUUGGGCGACCAUUCCUAUGUUCGGUGUCCUGAGAACAACCUGAGUGCCGACAUCGAAUUCAAGACCAAAGGCUGGGUUGGAGGCACAUAUAAUGCUGUCGGCGGGACCAUCAAAAACGAUCAAACCGGUGAGGUGCUUUUCGAGCUCUCCGGGUUAUGGUCAGGGGAGAUGUUCAUCAAGGACACCAAGACGGGACGGAAAAGGCCUUUCUUCGAUGCGACGCACGCAAAACAUUCUCCGCCUCGAACACGGCCCCUUGAGGAGCAGGGCGACCGAGAAUCUCAGAAACUCUGGUAUAACACGGUCCAGGCUGUCAAAGCGGUGGACCACGAGAAGGCUACCACCGAGAAGGCCAAGAUCGAAGACCGUCAAAGAGAGGAAGCUAAACGAAGAGAGGAGCUGGGAGUUGAAUGGCAACCGCAGCUGUUCCGGAGGGUCGAUGCCAGAAAGGGUGGUUUGGAAGAAGGGGAAGAAGAUCUCGAAUGGAUUAUCCAUGCUUCACUGGAGUCAAACAAUCCCAAAGAGUUGGAAGACAAGAUUCUUUCCAUCGCACCGAUUCUGCCUGGUCAAGGGAAGUAUGACGCGCCGGACCCCUUGCAUCAUCACCACACUGCCAAAGCCCCGGCAGAAACGCCAGCGCAGCACCAGAGGCCUCAAUCUGAUGCGCAACCGACGGAUAACCUAAUUGACUUCGACCCCAAGCCGGCCACAGCAAAAGAAGGCGUGGCCGGAAAUUCAGUAUACUCCACCUCCAAUGCUCAGCAGAGUCCAGUGCAUCAGGCCACAACUAUUAAUGCGCCGGCUGGCAAUCCUCCAAAGACUGCCAAUCUGAUGGACGAUGAUGAGGAUGUCUCCCAUAUGAAUACCCAGAUGUCAAAAAUCAACAUGCACGAAACCAUGGUACCGCACGGGCAGGCGCCAUUGAAGAGAGCAGACACGGAGACCAGUGACGUGGACGUGUUUGUGGAUGCCGAGGGGUGA